GAGCAACAGCAGCUUAUUACGCACAUUACGCAGACGGAGCCAGCCGGGCAGACAGCGCGUCUCAACGGGGGGUUCAACACAGAAACUAACCAAAGUGUUUGUUCUGUUCCGCGAACACCCCCCUUUACCUGUAUACAGUUGUAAAAAAUUAGCAUUAUUAGCUACUCUUGGCCCCUGCCGUCAGUAUUAGAGGAGAGUAGAUGAAAAAAGCGAGGAUGUUGGUCCCCGCGGGAAGAUAAUGAAGAAGCUGCGCGUGUUGUUGCUGUGCGCCGUUUUAGUUCUCCUGUGCUGGCACUCUUGUCGUCAUGUUUAUUGUUCAGAAGAGAUCUCCUCUGGCCCAGGACUCCCUGCACAGGAUGACAGCCGUUACACAACGGAGGAACCAGGGACUGAUGAAAAGGUUGAGGAGGAAAGGGCGACACACACUCAGUCAUCGCACAGCGUGGGCCUGGAGACCGAGACUGCUGCACUAAAGGAAACUCCAUUGCACUCACAAGACACCCCACACGAAGAGAAGCACAAACAGACUGUGAAUUUAGAAGAAGUGUUGGAGGAUGAGCAGAUUCCGCUUGAUUCUGCUCUCCCUGAGCUAGAACAACAACAACAACAACAACAACAACAGCAGCAGCAACCAGAACCCCAGAACACCCAACAACAAGACCAACAACAGUCAGCUCAACCACCAACACUUACACAGUCCCAAACAGCACCGCCUCUAUCCCAGACCCAGCCAGACCCUGAAACUCCACAGGCCACUGAAACAGAGGACCAGGCUGCCCACGCCUCCGCUGCUUUGACCCCUCCACAGACUGACCCACUCGGAGAAGACCCCUCUGCACCUGCUGCUGAACUCCAGAAGAGCCCAGAGCCAGCCUCACCUACCUCAGUCUCCUCCUCCGAGAGCCCCUCCAGUGGACUAGACGUUCCGCAUCCUGAUGCCCCUGUAGAGAACUCUAGUGCCAGUCAGUGUGAGGUGGGCUCUGUGCCCCCCUUCAGUCAACCCCUUGACGCAACACUCACCAGUGUUGUGGAGGAACAUGCAGAUAACCAGUCCACCACUUUGGGACAGAGUACAGAGACCAGUGCUGACCCGACUGCCUCUCUGGUCCCGAGUGAGCUGGACCUCACAGAGCCGGGGCAGACAGACAGUAUUCUUCCACCUACAGAAAGCCAGCAGGUGGUGGACCAUGAAGGAGGUACAGACCCUCCGGUGCCCAGUAAAGAAGACAUCCCCACCUUCGAUGAGUGGAAGAAGAAAGUGAUGGAAGUAGAGGAGAAGAAAAGUCAGUCUCUGCACACUUCAUCAAAUGGAAGCCCUCAUCCAGUCAAAAAGGUUCAAAAGAAUUUCAAGAAUAACUACGCUUCUGUCGAAUGUGGGGCCAAAAUCCUCUCGGCGAACAAUGAGGCCAAGAGCACAUCUGCUAUCCUGAUGGAGAAUAUGGAUCUGUACAUGCUGAACCCCUGCAGUACCAAGAUCUGGUUUGUAAUUGAGCUCUGUGAGCCAAUCCAAGUGAAGCAGCUGGACAUAGCAAACUUUGAGCUGUUCUCAUCUACGCCGAAAGAUUUCCUUGUGUCCAUAAGUGACAGGUAUCCGACCAAUAAGUGGAUCAAGCUGGGCACCUUUCACGCCCGUGAUGAACGCACAGUACAGAGCUUCCCUCUGGAUGAGCAACUCUAUGCCAAAUAUGUCAAGAUGUUCAUCAAAUACAUCAAGGUUGAGCUGCUGUCCCAUUUCGGCUCUGAACACUUCUGUCCGCUCAGCCUGAUCAGGGUGUUUGGCACCAGUAUGGUGGAAGAGUAUGACGAGAUAGCCGACUCUCAGUACACCUCAGAGAGAACCGAGUAUCUGGAUGAAGACUAUGAUUACCCACCCGGCUACAUGCCGUCAGAGGACAAGGCAUCAAAGAAUCUGCUGGGCUCUGCCACAAAUGCCAUCCUGAACAUGGUAAACAACAUUGCAGCAAAUGUGCUAGGAGGGAAACCAGAGCUGGAGGACGGAGCUGAAAUGGAAGGAAACGUUUCCUCUGGGACAGAAAACGUCACCCAGGAGUCAACAGAAACCACACUCACGCCAGAUCCCACCCCCACUGAACAGCCCGCUACGCUGGAUAUUCUUGAGUUGGAUCCCACUCUAGUGAAGGAGGACUCAGAGGAUCCUGUUCCUGAUGCUCCUUCAGAACCUCCCCCCGAGGAGAGCCGUAUCGUCACCCUCAUCGAGGAGGAUGAAGAGGUCACCCAGCCAACGGUGACCCUACUGGAGGAGGAGCAAGAGGAGGAGAAAAGACAAGAGGAGAUAUGGGAGACGGAGAGCACCACAUAUUGCGGCCACCUCUCGACUUUGUCCUGCUUGGCGUCUCUGCACGAACACUUCUACUGCUACUGUUCGGCAGCUUUAGCACUACAGCGUCAGCGUAGAGACCGCCGCCACAAAACACAGCACACACACACUGACACAGACACUCAAACUGCCCCUCAGCAGUCUCUCUCUGCCACCACCCCAACCCAAGAGCCCCCUGCGCCCUCUGAAAUACUUCCAGAAGUAGAGCGGCCCUCUCAGACACAAACCGAAAGGAUUUCCCCCACUGAAACAGUGUCUGAUCCGCCUCAGUCCUCCAGUGGGGAAUCUGCAGUGAGCGAGCAGGAGCUCCCACCUGAGACCAUCAUCUUGGAGCCCAGCCACACCUCCACUCUUCCCCCACAUAGCUUCUCUGACACCCCCACCCAAAACAUUCCCGAGUCCCUUCCUGUGGGACAGCCCGUGGACCAGCGUCCGCAGUACCUGGAAGACAUCCCAGAGACCCGCGCCAGCGGGAGCAUCUGCAGUAGCGUCCAUUCUCCCACCUCCUCCAUGCUCUCCUCCACCACCACUGAAACCAGCAGCCCAGAGACGGACCCUCCCAUACUGGAGCUCCCCGUCCCCACCAAAGAGCAGACAGUUCAGCCUUUGCUUACCCACACCCGCCCCGCUGACAUCCCGCCUCCUACCGAACUUCCCAUCCCGCUUCCAGAGGCCUCAGAUAACGGCAGGGCCACAGGGGUUGAAGACCCUCACCACAGUGCUGUGGCCUCCCAACCCGAGCUUUCCGAAGCCCUUCUGUCUCAACAAGAGGAGACGGUAGAUGACAUUCUGCUCCCGCACCGCACCGCCGGAGACUUUUAUGCAGAGCAGCAGCAUUCAGUGGAAAUGGGACAUGGGAAUGGAAAUGGGAAUCAGGUGCAUGGAUCUAACCAGAAGGAAUCGGUGUUCAUGAGAUUGAAUAACAGAAUUAAAGCACUGGAGAUGAACAUGUCCCUCAGCAGCAGAUACCUGGAGGAGCUUAGCCAGAGGUAUCGCAAACAGAUGGAGGAGAUGCAGCGGGCUUUCAACAAGACCAUCAUCAAACUGCAGAACACCUCCAGAAUUGCAGAAGAGCAGGACCAGAAACAGACCGAGUCUAUACAGAUGUUGCAGAGCCAGCUGGAGAAUGCCACCAAGAUCAUGCUGAACCUGUCUGCCACCGUUGCUCAGCUACAGCGAGAGGUUUCUGACAGACAGAGUUACUUGGUGUUAUCUCUGAUCCUGUGUCUUACGCUGGGAUUGCUGCUCUGUAUGCAGUGCUGCAGGAGCUCACCCAAUCACAACACCAGCUCAGCCAUUCCCAUGAGCAACCACUACCCCAGCCCUAAGAGGUGUUUUUCCUCAUAUGAUGAUAUGAGUCUGAAAAGGAGAGUUUCUUGCCCUCUCGUUCGCUCUAAGUCAUUUCAGCUGCCUACAUCAGAAGUAGGUCCUGAUGACUUGUACAUUGUAGAACCUCUAAGGUUUUCUCCAGAGAAAAAGAAGAAACGCUGCAAGACAAAAGCAGGGGACCGAGUGGAGACGCUCGGGGCCUCCGUCCCCUCAGUGCCAGCUGUUAACGGUGAGCCCAGGUGCAACAGCGAAUCAUCUCCUUCUCCUCUUCACUUCCUGCCGUCGACGUGCAACGGCUUCACGUCCACCGCCUCAUCCAGAGACUGUGCGUCAGAGGAGAGCUCCGCUUCUACGCUGUCUGAGGAGUCUUUCGGCUGCGCCCCUAUGAUGAACGGACUCGAGGCCGUCCUCUGCAACGGGGCGCCUCCGCCGCCCCUCCCUCCGGCCAAGAGCAAGAUGGAGAAGAGGUCUCUGAAACGGCGGCGGUCCAGGAACGCGGAGCAGCAGCCGGAGGAGAUGAUGAACUCGCCGUUUCCUGUGACCGUCAUGCCGGCGCUGGAGGAACUCAUGAAGGGAAAGGACACGUUUGGAAGGACAGCUGUAACGGGACGAGUUUGAGUUUUUCACGUUGACAUCUUUCCUUUUCUUAUUCCAUCUCACCGUCGUUUUGAGAUUUUAUUGUCAGUGGCGAUCCUGACGCCAUCUUCACUACAUCCUGGUUCACAGAACUUUGGUUAUGUGCCUUUUUUAUCCAUUCAGGAUUAUUUUCGUUAUUCCCUUUAAGGUUUUUUUUUUUUUUUUAAUUCUUCUAGGGAAUAUUAUGACUGAUAAACAUUCGCAAGUAUGAAUGAG